UCACUUUUGUUUUCCCAGUAAUUUCAUCACAGAUCACUUGAGGACUGGACCAAAUAAAUGGAAGGCACAACAGCAGUGGGCAGCACUCCUUUAGCUUGGGGGCUAUCUGAAGACAAGUGAGCAGAGAAGGAAAACCAUGAGUACCAUUUCCAAGGAUUCCUUGAAGACUUCCCUGUUGCAGUUAGAAUGUCAUUUUACAUGGACUUUGCUGAAGAAGCAUGUAAGUCUUGAGGCCCUAGAGGAAACAAUACUUGAUCAUAUCAAGUUUUUUGCAGAAUAUGAGAUUAGAGAUUAUAAUUUACUCUCCUAUGUAUAUCACCUAAAGAAUUCAAAUGAAGAAGCCCUGAGAAGUCUCAAAAAAGCUGAAGAAGCUAUUCAAAAACGUCAUCCAGAUGAAAUUGACAGAAGAAGUCUUGUUACCUGGGGGAACUAUGCCUGGAUCUAUUACCACAUGCAGAGAUAUGAAGAAGCUCAAACUUAUGUAAGCAAAGUGCAAAACAGCUGCAAAAAGCUUUCAAGUACUGCUCAUGAGAAGAUUCAGCUUCCGGAGAUCUACGCUGAGCAAGGAUGGGCAUUAUUACGUUUUGGGAGGAAUUACUUUGAGAGGGCAAUGAAUUGCUUUGAAAAUGCUCUGGAGAGUGAGCCCAAUAACUCAGAUUUUAGUGCUGGCUAUGCAACAGCAAUGUAUCGCUUGGAAGGUGACACUCAGAGGUAUGGUGGAGAGGUAAGGCCGUGCCUCGAGGCCCUGAAGCGGGCAGUGGAACUGAAUCCAACGGACACUACCGUUGUGGCAUUGCUUGCAUUAGAGCUUCAGCGAUUAAAUCGAGCUAAUGAAGGGGAGAGGUACAUUGAAGAAGGACUCAAGAAAACCCCUGACUUUCCUGUUUUCUUGCGACAUGCUGCUAAUUUUUACAGAAAGAAAGGAGUAGUGAACAAGGCAGUGGAGAUUUUGCAGAAGGCCCUAGCACUGACGCCGAAUUGUGUUGCUCUGCAUCACCAACUAGGACUCUGCUACAGAUUGAAGGUACUUCAGCUGAAGAAGAUGAGAUACCCACCUAAAGAGGAAAUGGAUAAUCUCACCCAGCUUGCCAUUUUUCAUUUUAAAAUAGCGAUUGACAAAAAGCCAGUAUUUUUUUCUGCCUAUAGUGACCUAGCAGGCAUGUAUGCAAUAGACAAGAGGUAUGAAGAAGCAGAAGAGAUAUAUCAGAAAAUGCUUCAGAGAAAUGAUCUAGCCUGUGAUGAAAAACAAGACAUCUACUUCAAAUAUGGCCAUUUUCAGCAAUUUCACAUGAAAUCAGAAUCAAAAGCCAUUAAAUAUUACAUAGAAUGUCUGAAACUAGAAAUAGAUUCCUAUGCAAGAAAAAAGUGCAGUAAAGUUGUGGAGACAUUACUGAAUCAGAAAAUUGAGAGCGGUUUAGGAGAUGCUACCGAUAUUAGUACACUUGGGCUCGUUCAUAAACUAAAUGGUAAGAAACAAGAAGCAAUUGAAUGCUAUGAGGAAGCCAUUGCUUUGGAUCCCAACAAUGAAGAAUAUCUGAAUGCAUUAACUGAGCUACGACUUUCCAUCUAAAGCUAAAGCUCACAGAAAUCCUGUGUACCAAAAAAUCCCGCAAACCAAGGAGGUUUCAACAGCCUUUCAAAACUUUUUUUGUUUGUUUUUCUUUUGAAGGUAGACAUUAUGACCAAAUGGAACACAGGUGGCAUCACUUUCCACUCAUGAUGUAGAAACUGCAGACAACAAUGGUUGAUUUGUUCAUUCACUAACAGAGAGCAUGCUUGGCUAACUAUAUAUUAUAUAAAAUAUGUAUUUUUAGCUAAUGUAACUUAGUCUUCAAUGCUAACAUGGAUAUAAAUGCAUUUAAGUGAUGGUCUGUAGAACACAACUUCUACGCUGAAAUCAGUUGUUACCUUCUACUGAAAAAAAGAUAAAGGAAUCAUAUUGUAGUAUUUCGUCUGUAUACUUGAAGGGCAUUCUUAUACACAAAUAGAAUUUCUGAAGCUUUUUUAAGUAUUUCAAAAAUAUCUUUUGUAGAAGAAACUUUUGUUGAAGGCUUGUUCAGUUUACUACCUUGUAUGCUGUUUCAUUAUGAAAAACAAACACUGUUUAGCUAGUCCACUGGAAAGCUUACAAAAUGUUUAUUAUUGUUGUGAACUAUUAAAGUCUGUUGAAUCUAUAAA